CACACCCCCUUGCUUUCCAAAGUAAGGUUUGGAGCGUGUCCCACAGUUCAGACUAACCAAGUUAGUGUUAGUGCAGUGUGGUGUUGGGGAGUUUUCUGUGUAAAGACAACACCGAGAGAGAGAGAGAAUAUCACCUCGUCCCCUCUCUCUCCUGGACCCGGGGAUGUUGAUAUGCUUUCCAUGGAUUUAAAGCCUGUGAGUUUGCUGGUGGCACUGGGGCUAGCGUGGGUUUCGGUCCAGGCUAAUGAGCAAUGGCAAGAACGGUUCAAAGUCGUGUUCACCCCCACUAUCUGCCAGAGGACAUGCUUGAAGGGGCAGUGCCAGGACAGCUGCCAGAGGGGUAAUACUACUACCCUGGUCAGUGAGAACGGACACGCUGCCGAUACCUUAACAGGUUCUGGCUUCCGAGUGGUGGUGUGCCCGCUCCCCUGCAUGAAUGGAGGCCAAUGCAGCUCCAGGAACCGAUGCCACUGCCCGUCCAACUUCACCGGCAAGUUCUGCCAGAUUGCGGUCAGCGGGCAAGGUCAGCCCCAUCAGCCGAAGGCUGGUGAACAGACACCGGAGAAGGCCACCGAAGCCUACAAGCAUUCGGUCUUCACCCUCCAGCUCACCCCGGACUCGCAGGGUCCCGGGGACCAUUCCCCGGGUAAGUACAACCACAGAAUAGCGAGUCCUGGAGGACCUCAGCACAGGCCGGAAGCAGCAAGGCCACAGCCAUUCAUUAACCUGCAUGUGAGGCACCCCCCCGAGGCUACAGUGCAGAUCCACCGGGUCUCCAGCCUGGAAGGCCACGUGACUGAGCAGAAGAGCCAGCUGAACCAGCCAAUACUGGUGCCCCACCUACCCCUCCGGAAGGUCAACCACUACCCGCCCAGGACCCUGCCCACCUCGCAGAAGAAGCUGGGCCGCUGCUUUCAAGAGACUCUGCCGAAGAUGUGCAGUAAGCCGCUGCCCGGUCUAACCAAGGAGGAAGAUUGCUGUGGAAGUGUGGGAGCGUCCUGGGGGUUCAGCGAUUGCUACAAAUGUUGGCACCAGCACUACUUGGCUGACCCAAAGACUGGCAUCAGUGGUGGAGUGGAGUGCCCCCAAGGCUACAAGAGAUUGAACAGCACCCACUGCCAAGGCUGUCUCUCCAUCUCUCAACCAGACAUCAAUGAGUGUUUGAUCCAGGGCGUGUGCCAAAAUGCUGAGUGUCUGAACACACAGGGGAGUUUCCGAUGUGCGUGCAAACCUGGCUUUGUGAUGGGUCCAUCGCGGACGCACUGUAUCGUAAUGGAGAAGCCUGCAGAGAAGGGGCCCUGUUACCUCCUGGUCAAUGCUGAAGAGGGCUGUACUUAUCCCCUGCGGGGUGAGCUGACCAAACAGCUCUGUUGCUGCACAGUCGGCAAGGCAUGGGGCUCCAACUGUGACCCCUGCCCUAACCCCGGAGCCGCGGAAUUCCAGGAGACGUGCCCAGCUGGAAUGGGUUACCAUUUCUCCAGCUCCCACCAGAAGAUCAGCAUCCCACCUGGUAGCAACAUCCUGCUCCGAAUCGAUCCGGACGGCAAGGCUCGGAUUGUCCAAUUGCCAGUCACUAUGCCCCCUCCGGCAACUCCGGAGGCGGAUCCCAGGAAUAAUGUCGAGGCUUCCACGGUUGCAAUGUUACCCACGUUCAGCCUCCGAGAGGAAGUGUUCUCGGCCAGUUUCAUUCCCUUCGCCUCUAGGUUUCCGGUAGAAUUGGAAACACGACCUACAGCCCCUGCGGUUAAGGUACUGCCUUCAGAUCAGCCAAUGGAGUUCGGACCAUCCCAAGUCAUUGAGAUGGACACAUGUAAAGUGGAUCAGGGGAUCUGCGGGCAUGGAGUGUGCAUCUACGAGCCGUCCGGGUACACAUGCGCUUGCCACACGGGCUACCAACUUCAUACCCACAUCAAACACUGCGUGGACAUCAACGAGUGCGAGGAGAAUCCCUGCGGGGCCAGGAAGGGCGAGUGCAUCAAUUAUGUGGGGACCUACAGCUGCUUGUGUUACCGCGGCUACCAGCUACAGGAGCUCCCAGAGGGGAGCACUUGUGUCGACGUUAACGAAUGCGCCGACAGCCGCUUGUGUGCCAACGGACAGUGCCUGAACACUGAGGGCUCCUUCUACUGUCGCUGCCAACCUGGCUAUCGCCCGAUCAGCCACCAGACGGCCUGUGAAGAUAUUAAUGAGUGCAACAAUCCGAAUACCUGCCCAAGGGGAAAAUGCAAGAAUAAACCUGGCACGUAUGAGUGUGUUCCCUGCCCAGAGGGAUUCCGAAGUCAGACUGGAGAGUGCUAUGAUGUUGACGAGUGCAUGGACCGAUCUUUCUGCCUCAACGGAAGGUGCACCAACACUAAGGGAUCGUACAGUUGCACUUGUAGCAAAGGAUUUAAACCAGCGGCCGACGGGAAGAGCUGCCAAGACAUUAACGAGUGCAGUGAUGGGCAGCUCUGCGCCAAUGGCCGCUGUUUGAACACGGAGGGGUCCUUCCAGUGUCGCUGCCGCCCUGGCUACCGCCUGACCAAACAUCAGACUUCAUGUGAAGAUAUCAAUGAAUGCUUGGAGGUAGCGGGUGUCUGCAACAAUGGGCAGUGUGUCAACAUGCCAGGAUCCUACACGUGCCAGUGUCUGUCAGGUUUCCAACUGUUCGAUGAUACGAGGUGUAAAGAUAUCGAUGAGUGUGCUUUGAACCGCUCGCUCUGCAUGCCGAAUGGUGCCUGUGAGAACACAGAGGGCUCCUUCUCCUGUGUUUGUGACACUGGCUUCAUCCUUUCGCUGGACACAUACACUUGCGAAGAGCCCGAGAGACCCGAAGACAAGAAGGAGUGCUACCUCAGUCUCGAUGAUACGAUCUUCUGCGACAGUGUCCUCGCGACCAACAUCACGAAGGAGGAGUGCUGCUGUUCUCUAGGGGCAGGAUGGGGCAACCACUGUGAGAUCUACCCUUGCCCUGUGCACAGCACAGCUGAAUUUCAGUCUCUCUGUCCAGACGGCGAGGGAUUCCUGGUCACCGACGACAAUCUGUUCGGCGUUGGGAUUCCAUCGUACAGAGACAUCGAUGAGUGUACCCUGUUCGGCCAGGAAAUCUGCAAGGAAGGAUUCUGCAUGAACACCCAGCCUGGCUUUGAGUGUUACUGCAAACAAGGCUUCUACUAUGAUGGGUCCCUGUAUCAGUGUUUGGAUGUGGACGAGUGCCAGGACGUUCAGAGCUGCCCCAACGGAAGGUGCGUCAACACCGAGGGGUCUUUCACCUGCCACUGCCCGCCGCCCAUGACCUACGACAAGAUGAAGAGACGUUGUGUGCAGCCUGUGGUCCUUAUUGAGCGGGCGGAUACGGACCGUGGCCUCUGCUGGAAGCACGCCAGUAAAGAUUACACUUGCAGCCAAGCUCUCUUUGUGUACCAGACCACUUUCUCGGAGUGUUGCUGCCAGCAUGGGAAGGCCUGGGGCCUGGAGUGCCGCAUGUGCCCCAUGAGAAUGUCAGCCAGCUUCUCCCACCUGUGCAACAUCACACGAUGGGUUCCGAAUGUGCGGCCAGGCCGAGGGGUGGAUCAGAGGCAGAACGAACAGAUGGACGUUUCGCAGAGCAGCAACGAUAACAGCUCUGAUGAUGACUCCGAUGAAUGCUCCUGCCGACAUGGAAGGUGUGUCCGGGGACGAAACAGGUGUGAAUGUUAUAAAGGCUUCCAGCUGGACAGCAGUGGGAAAUGCAGAGAUAUCAAUGAAUGCCGUGAGAUACAUCGCAAACGGUUCCCAUGCAAGAACGCACGUUGCAUAAAUACCAAUGGAUCGUACCGGUGUACCUGCUACCAGGGUUUUGUGCCCACGAGGCGCCACAACAUCUGCGUACGCCGGAAGAUGAGUUAGGCCACAGUGCGGGCAAUGCAUCAACGAAAGAAACAUUACCCUCGUCGUCCAUAUUUUGGCCUGCCAAUCCUCAAAAGGAAAUACUUAUCAAACAUUAACAUUGAAAAUACCUGUUUAAUUUUUUGGAACCACCUAUUUAAUAUUCUGAAAAAAAAAGGGUAAGACACCUGAUUUAACUGUUAUCCCAUCUCAUACCUACAAGUUGGUGGAGUUUAAUUGUCCAGUUUGUCUUUUGUAUUGAUUUGUGUUUUCUAAAAAAAAAGUGGGAAGAUUUGACACACUCAAUAUGGCGGCUACUUUGAAAACACGGACACUAUUGUCUAUGGGAUAAACCAAAGAACUGCUGGACCCUCAUUGUGGCGACAUGUAUCUUUAUCUUGAGGAGAUUUAAACAUGCAGGCAAUCGUCAACAAGAAAGAGAAUUUGUGGCUGGCAACUUCGGUAUGGUGGCAGCAGGUGUAAUUACAUCAGCUGCCAUAUUGAGUGUACCAACAGCUGUUGGAACAUAGAGCUGGAGUGGGAUCUGCCUGGAAGCCACCACUUCAGACUGAACUGUGAUGUAGAUAAUUAAUAAAUGAACUUAACAGCCAACUAGUUGAUAUGCAGCUCGAAGGUACUUCCUGAACAAAUUUUAACACACAAAGUAGAAAUUAAUCUAGGUUUAUUAGAUUUGAGGGGUCUGGACGAAUAGAAGGGAAAAACAGUUUGCACUGGAGGUAGGAUCAAGAACAUGAGGGCACAUAUUUGAGGUGAUUGGCUGAAAGAAUAUUGAUGACAACAAAUCUUUACGUGCAGUUAGGAUCUGAAAUACACUGCUUGAGUGGUGGAGGUUCAAUUGAAGUCUCCAGGAUAGAACUGAAUAAUUAUUUGAAAAGGAAGGAUAUGCAGGGCUGUGGGAAGUGGCACUAGGUGAACUGAAUUCUUUAGAAAGCCAGCAAACAUGACAUUGUGUGCUGAAACAAUUGAGAGAAUUGACAAAAUAGCCAGUCAUUUUUUAAUCAAAGCCAAGUUUCUUACUUCACGUGGCAUACAAUCUGCCAAGUAUAUUGGCAUACACACAAAAUUAUCCCCAAAACUUACCAGCAACUUGGAAUUCCAUCUGCCCAGGGUUCAUCUGUUCCCUACAGUGUCUGUCCUGUCUUGUAAGUCCAUGGUCUAAAGCACAGUCAAGAGGAAUAGAGUUGGAUAUGGCAGAGAAUAUGGAAUUAUAACAUCACACAAGGAGCUGCUGAAGGUGCAUAUGCAUGCUCCAUUAAGCCUACUCAAAUUCUCUGGACAGUUUCAGGCACUAUUUGACAAAGAUACAGCACCGCAGCAAAAAGCUAUUUAUACAGUGAAACAAGCAACAGCUUCAAUGGGAUCCAUCGAUAAAGAAGGUAACUGAAAAAGUGCAAAGGAGAAAGGCGGGAGGCAAGAAAAGUUAUUCACUCAUCUGUCUUUUGUAAUCUCCUGCCCGAUAAAAGGUAAUAAAGGAAACCCAGUAAUAGCACUCCCUUCUAAGUUUAUUUUAAAAUAACUUUUAUCCCACCUUCUGCAUUGGAAAGGAUGGAUUUGAAAUUCCUACCAUCCCUUUAGACUGGUCUUUAUUUAGAAAGCGGAAAAAAAGCUUCUCUCACCUAGUCUUUGUAACUUUUGGAUCUGCAGAUGCUAUCACCCAGCACCCCAGGAGUCUGAGCUUUCAGGACCAAAACAAAUUACUAUCAAUAGACAGAGUACAACUCCAGGGUGCUUACCUAAAUAACCAGUGGCAAAAGUGUCAGAGUAUGAACCAUGUUACUCAAAGUCCAAAUAAGUCCAAGCCAUCCCCAUUCUCCUUUCCUAUACAGAUGUGGAUGGACCCAAUUCCUUCCCAAUUACUCCCACUGUACACAAUCCCAGUGGACUAAAUCCCUUCUGUUUUAGGAGCAAAAUACUGCAGGAUGCUGGAAUUUGUACCAAAAACAAAAAAAGUUGCUAGAAAUCUCAACAGAUCAAGCAGCAUCUAUGAAGAGACAGCUGGCUAAUGUUUUAAGUCGAGUUGACACUUCAUCAAAAUUAACAGUGCAAAGAGAGUCAGCUAGUAGUUUCUGUGCUCCCAGGAUAUAGCCUAUGACCUCUGAAUCCAGCAUACUGUGACCAUCCUUAUCUAAGCACAACAUCCCCACCAGAGAAUUACAGCAGUUUUUGAUGGAAAAUUAAUCUGCACCACACCCUCUCCGUGGUGCUGAAUGUUACUGCACCAAGAGGAUAUGAUUUCCUUUCUCCAAUCUCCCAUCAGGAAGGUGCCGACAGCUUCAGGGAUGCAGUGCCUCAUCCUAGUCAAUUCUUCACACAUGAUUGGCUAUGCAUCUUUGCAGGCUAUUCAACAGUGAGGGCACCACAGCCACAUCUAAUCUGCAGGCUGAUCCCUGCACUUAUUCAGGAGGCACUGACUGAGACAGGGAACAAGUAAUACUCGGCAAUUCUCCCAUCCCUGGACUGGAGCAUUGGAAUAGCGUAGAGAUCAAUCUUGAGAUACUGUGCACUUCAAGAAAAGUAACUGAAACGAAAUAAGAAUUAAGAGCAGCCUAUGUGUCAAAUAUUUAUUUUAAUAGAUGUCUUAUUUUUUAAAGCUUCAAUAGAUUUGAAAUAAACAUUUUAUUCCACACGAUCUCCAUGGUUUAGUGCUUAGGACUCCAAUUCAGAGUCAGUCCGGUUUUUAAAAAGUGCUGUACAAUUGCAAGCAGUAUCCACAGUUGAGCUCUGCCAUGUAACUCAAAUUCAUAAAGCACCAUUUGGAUACAGGCUCUGACUAGUAUCUUUAAGUACUCUGCAGUUCAUGCCAUGCGCAGAUUUGAAUCUUAGUGCACAGUAGGUCACCAAAAGAAAAAGUGAAGAGAAAGUGCUAAGAUAUUCUCUUGGUUUCACCACUCAUGAAUUUUACGAGCAAUCCGAAAAGGGGGCACAGGGUGGGG